AUGGCAACCAACAACAGCAAAAACAACUCCGCCGCGACGGCUCCGUUCAGCCAGCUACCUCGUACCGUGAGCGGCAAGCGCGAGGCCGAACCGGUGAGCGCGGCCACUUCAGGUGAGCCCGCAGCCAAGCGUCCGUACUACGGCAAGUGCCAGUACAAGACCGGCAAGUGCUUCAACGAGCGCACGCUCAAGCGCAACGGUGACGCGCACUCGCUGUGCGAGGAGCACCGCAUCAAGCAGAAUUUGAUCCAGCGCCGCAGCGACCGCAAGUAUCAGACUGUGCACGCGAUUCGCCGUCGGGAGCGUUCGCAGCGCCGCGCUGUGCUCAAGAAGCAGGUCUCGAUGGCCGUGGCCCAGCAGCUAUUCUACGAGCACCAGCAGCAGAAGACGUUAGGCAUCCCGCUGCCCCAGCACCACCCCCUGCACGUGCUUACUGCCAACGCCAACGGUGCGGCUCCGGUGCCCGGUGCGACUGAAAUCGUCGGUCUCGCUCCGCCUAUCCAGGUGCCGCAGCCACCUUCGGCCUUUAUGAUGGACGGCCAAAACAGCAUGGCCUCGCCUCUGGUUCUGUCUUUCCAGCCUCAAGGUGCGCGUGCGGAGUCCUCGAGCGCUUCGCUCCCGAAGAUGCGAGCUGCGCCCUCGAGCGUCAAGGACGAGCCUACUCCGACUGGCAUUGACGAUUUCACCCCGGAAUCGUUCCUGAACAUUCCCAUGGCGUCGGGUGCCCACAGCAUGCCGGCACUCCGCGAGGACGAGAUUGACGACAGCAGCAGCCUCGGCGACAACUUUGGCUACAUGCCGAUCGUCUCGUGCUCGGGUGACAAGGAGACUUGGAGCGACGACGACAUCGAGUUCCUCCAGACCAUUCUGCUCGCUUGA